AUGUCUGACCAAACCAAGGACCAGCAGACCCCCUCCACCCUCCAGUCCUACGUCAACUCGGCUACUGGUGCCGUCCAGAGUGCUCUCGGCGGCCUCACCGGUAACACCACCCAGCAGGCUGAGGGCCAGGUUACGCAGGAACAGGCCAAGACGGAGCACGAGCAGUCCCAGGCCGGCAUCAAGGCGGGUGGCGUCAGCGUCUCGAGCGACGGCGGCGUUGCCAAGGACAGUGCCGACCGAUCUGACGGAUCCUGGAACCAGACCAUCGGCUCCGCGAAGGAGGCCCUUGGCGGUCUCGUCGGCCACGACGGUUUGAAGAAGGCCGGCCGUCAGCAGAACCUCGAGGGACAACAGCAGGAGGCCAAGGGACAGCUCAACGACCUGGCUGGCGGCGUCUCUGACCGUGCCAAGGGCGUCGUUGGCGGUGCCAUGGCCACAGCGAUGGGCGAUGAAUCGGGCAAGGCCCACUACGACCAGCUGCGCGCCGACGGUAAGGCGGCCCAGCGCGGUGUUGAGGCGGAUCUCGAGAAGCGUGCCGAGGCUGAGCAGGCUGAGCAGGCUAAGAAGGAUCAGCAGUAG